AUGUUACUCAAUUCAAUCAUUGUUGCCAUACUAUCCUAUUUGUAUUAUAUCAAAAGUUUCAUAUCUAAUUCUGAGUUGAUCAAUCUCAACUUUGAUCUUUUGUCAAGACAGGUUUUGGUUUUACCAGAAGAUGAUAUCAAUUUCAAUAUCUCCUCUGAAAAUUUCAUUCAAACCAGCUUCAGCAAUUAUACCUUUAAUCAUGGUGUUGCAUCUGGUGAUCCUACAUUGGAUUCCAUCAUUGUUUGGACAAGAAUUACUCCUAAUGAGUAUUUAAAAGAAACACAAUUAGUUCCAGUUGAAUUUUCAAUAUCUGAAGAUCAAAAUUUUACCAAGAUUUUAACAAAAGGUAUCACUUUUACAAAUGGGUUGAUUGACUAUACUGUAAAGUUGGACAUCACUGGGUUAACUGCAAAUCAUACUUAUUACUACAAGUUCAAUACUCUUGGUGGUGUUCAUGUUGAAUCUGAAGUUGGAGAAACCAAGACUUUACCACACCCAAAUCAAGAGGACAAUGUUAAGUUGGCUGUUUACUCUUGUGCAAAUUAUGCAGGUGGUUAUUACCAUGCCUACAAGUUCCCAGUUUUAAAAAAUUCUGUUGAUUAUGUUAUUCAUCUUGGGGAUUAUAUUUAUGAAUUUGCUAACGGUGUUUAUACAAAUGGAACUUCAUUGGGAAGAGACCAUGUUCCAGAACAUGAGUGUAAGACUUUACAGGAUUAUAGACUUCGUUAUGCAUCUUAUAGAAGUGAUGAAAAUUUACAAAAAUCACAUUCAAAGUUCCCAUGGAUCUUGGUUUGGGAUGAUCAUGAAGUUGCUGAUAAUUCAUGGCUAAGAGGUAGUGUUGAAACAAACGGUUAUGAAUUUUUAAAAAGACGUGAUGAAGCAACCCAGGCAUAUUUUGAAUGGUUACCAAUUAGACCACAAAAAAAUCUAUCCAAAAUUUGGAGAAACUUCAAAUUUGGUAAAUUGUUUCAAAUUAAUAUGUUGGAUACAAGGCAUUACUCUCGAGAUAUAACUGAUUAUUAUCAUAAUCAAGAAAUGAUUAAAAAUUUGGUUAAUUUUGAAGAUCGCACCAUGCUAGGAUAUGAUCAAGAAGAAUGGUUAGAAAGAAGAUUAUUAGAUAAUGAUACGGUUUGGAAUUUCAUUGCGAGUCAAUGUGUUGUCAGAGAUAUUGAUUUCACCUUACCAGAAACUGGUGGAUUAGGAUUCCCAUUUGAAGAGUUCAAUCAAGAUGCUUGGGAUGGUUAUAUUGCCAAUAGAAAUAGGAUAUUGAACUUUAUCAAGGACAACAACUUAUUAAAUACCAUUAUUCUGAGUGGUGAUUUUCAUAUUGCAAUCACUAGCGAAUUAUCUUUACCAGAUGGAGAAUAUAAUAUUGAGACUGGUGAAGGUACAAUUGUUGUUGAGUUCACUACAAGUGCAGUUAGCUCCCCAACCACUUUCCCAAAGCAUUUUGAUGAGUCUCAAAGUCUUUUGAUGUCAAAAGAAUUAGUUGGAAAUAAUGAUUUAAUUUGGAAUGAUGGGUUCUGGAGAGGUUAUAUUGAACUAAACAUUGGAAUGGAAAAUGUAACUACUGAUUAUUAUGGAGUUGAUAUCAAAGAUGCUAGUUCUAAGCAAGAAAUCCACAUGGCACGCUUCGUUGUCAAGAAGGAUAUCAGUCAUAUCGACAGAGAAAGCAUUGAAACCAAUAGUGGGGCCUUAAAUGACAAAUUGGGUAAAUAG